AUCACAUAAGACACAUAUAAAGCGAGUGCGAUGAAGAUAAGGUAUUGGCGGACGAAGUCAAGAGGAUACGAAAGGCUAGAUGGCUCGACUAAUACGUCCAACUCGGAUCCGAGAAAUGUGAAGCAAGUCAAAUUGGAUCCGACCAGGAAGAGACGGUUUUGGAGGAGGAUCAAAAUAGUGCCGAAGCUGAGAGUCUUGAAAAAGACUACGUCGCCUAGGAAGCUUUUAACGCGGCUUCGUGAUUCUUAUGUCAAUAUGAUGCUCCGCCUCGCCAAUUCUCCGGCCAUAGGAUCCUCAUUCGGGUACGGUGGAGAAUAUGAACACGAUUCGGGUUUAGCGUCGUCGAGGGAGUAUGAUGAGAAGAAGCUGGUGGAGAUUUACAAAUCCAUGUUGAUGGCGCAGGGAACUCAUCUCGUGCACCGAAAUGUGCCUAAACUUUCAUCUGAGAUUCUGAAUCUAUUGUAAUCUCACCAAUUACAUAGACAAGGACAAUAUACCCAUUGUGAUUUGUAAUCUGUGUUAACUUACAGUUAUAAAAUAAUAUUAGUAAUAAGGCCAUGCGCAUCAGUGAUGGAGGAGGAGAAAUCGUUAUUUAAAAGUCAAAAAGAAAAAAAAUAAAAAAAUAAAGUGACCAAUAGCCAGCCACAACAUGGCGUGGGACCGGGUUCAUCCGCAAAAGGUGGGACGAAAUGAGUUCAUGAAUAUGUGAUUAUUUUAUUAUUUUUCUGUUUCGAUAAGCGUGUGAACUUCUUGCAAGAACUAUGAAUGUGCAUGCCCUAAGUUUAUCAA